ACACACACACACAAACUAAUUAAUUAAGCCACCCUGCCUGCCUCUGCUUCUUGUUUGGAGGUUGACAGAUAUCAUCAACCUCCUCAACUACUAUAAUGCCAUCAUCCUCUACCCUUCAUUUUCUCUUUCCCAUACUCUUCUUCUCUUUCACAUUAUUCCUCUCUAACUCCCCAAUUGCUCUUGGGAACCCAAAUUACCGAGAUGCCCUCGCUAAAUCCAUUUUGUUCUUCCAAGGCCAGAGGUCCGGCAGGCUUCCUCCACCCACCUCCCAACACAUCACUUGGAGGGGUAAUUCUGGACUUCUCGAUGGUCAGCUGGCCGGUGUGGACUUAAGCGGAGGAUACUACGAUGCCGGAGACAAUGUCAAGUUCAACUUCCCAAUGGCCUUCACAACUACAAUGCUGUCGUGGGGUUACAUCGAGUAUGGCAAGAAAAUGGGGCCUCAAUUGGCCAGCAACAGGGAGGCCAUCCGUUGGGCCACGGAUUACCUGCUCAAGUGUGCUCGGGCCACACCUGGUAAGCUCUAUGUGGGCGUGGGCGAUCCAAAUGCUGACCACAAGUGUUGGGAGAGGCCGGAAGAUAUGGACACUCCCAGAAGUGUGUAUUCGGUGUCGGCCAGCAAUCCAGGGUCGGACGUUGCUGCUGAAACUGCAGCUGCGCUGGCUGCUGCUUCCAUUGUUUUCCGCAAACUUGAUCCCACUUACUCCAAACUGCUAUUGAGGACUGCAAAGACCGUCAUGCAAUUUGCAAUACAGUACAGAGGCUCCUACAGCGACUCGCUUGGUUCUGCUGUCUGCCCAUUUUAUUGCUCCUAUUCGGGUUACACGGAUGAGUUGUUAUGGGGAGCAGCAUGGCUUUUCAGAGCAACUAAUGAGGUUUAUUACCUGAAUUUGAUAAGAUCAUUAGGGGCAAAUGAUGCAACUGACAUUUUCAGUUGGGAUAACAAAUAUGCUGGUGCUCGUGUUCUCCUAGCAAGGAGAAGCUUAGUGGAUAAAGAGCAGACAUUUGAGCCAUUCAGACAACAGGCUGAGGACUUCAUGUGUAGAAUACUGCCUAAUUCCCCAUCCUCCACUACACAAUACACAGCAGGUGGUUUAAUGUAUAAGCUGAGUGCAAGCAAUCUGGAGUAUGUGACAGCUAUAACUUUCUUGCUUACUACAUACUCCAAAUAUAUGGCAACCUCAAAGCAUACUUUCAAUUGUGGAAAUCUUAUGGUCACUUCAAAGACAUUGAGAAUCCUGGCCAAAAGACAAGUGGACUACAUAUUAGGAGAUAAUCCAAUGAAGAUGUCUUACAUGGUUGGAUACGGAAGCAACUACCCCAGGAGAAUUCACCACAGGGGAUCCUCUUUACCCUCCCUCCAAGAUCAUCCACAAUCCUUGGGGUGUGAGGCUGGAUUCCAACCAUUUUACUACACACCAAACCCCAACCAAAAUAUCUUAACUGGCGCAAUUGUUGGAGGUCCCAACCAGAACGAUUUCUUCCCCGACCAACGCACUGAUUACUCUCAUUCUGAGCCCGCUACAUAUAUUAAUGCCGCCAUUGUUGGACCAUUGGCAUACUUUGCUGGGAUCAACUAAUGAUAUUCAUCAUCAUCAACCCGCUAUAUAUAUAAUCUAUCUACGUACUACUCUUAAUUUGAUUCCAAGUGUAUAUAUAUUUAUAUA